AUGCAGUCCAUUACGGAGUUUGCCGUCGAGGGAGGCAUAUAUCGUCCGCUGCAGAUCGAUUCUGACAUUUCAUCUAAAGAGUUGGAGGAGGCACCGCGGGGAAACACGACUGCAGGAAUAGGGACCUUGGAAGAGCUUCAUCAUCAUAUUUUUCGGCUCCUUGCUAACACAGCAGAUCCCCACCGUCUCGCGCGGACGAAGCGCCUUCUCGAGCGCUAUGAAGGAGAAGAGGCGCGUUUCUGGGUCAACGAGGAAACAAAGGAGCAUGCUGUGAUGAAUCUCGGCGACGUCGAUUCAGUGUCUCUCCAUCUGUACAUUCCAGAGAUCGUGAGGUGCAAAAUUGUUAACCCCCGCACUCACAACAUCACCUGGACGACGUGUUCUGCAAAAGCCCGGGACGCACCCCCUGCAGUCCACCAGCGCCUCCUCCGCAUUGUGGCUUCGGCGCUCUUGGAUAGGAGUUUUCAUGGCGACUGCUACUCUGGAGCAGAAGACAACGUCUCUUCUUUUUCUCUCUGUCUUCUCUCGGCGUUUCAAAGGGAUGAUGACUUUGAGUGCAAGCGACAGACUGCGCUCCCGGUUGAGGAGAACGGGAGAGGCACGGAGUCGGGGUCGUGUGCGCGACGGGUUUCGGCGAAGACCGAAUCAGAGAGGAACAAGAUCGAAGGACUUUUCGGCUUUGAAAGAAAUGCUGCGCCGCUUGCCGAUGAGGCCGUCUUGGCAGUCAUCCGGGCCAUCGUUGAGUUGUGCACUGACGAAGGAGAAGCCACAGCCACGCAGGACAGGGAUGUGAGCAAACAUGCCGCGGCAGGUGAGAGGCUAAUGCUGGAUGAGAAAGGGAAUCCCAACAAGAAGCGACAGACAUGGGGAGCGAUGGGCUGGAGACGAAAUUCAAGCGCCGCUUGCGAGAUUUUCUCUUACGUAGACGCCGCGAUUCUGGCGCACGUCGUUCACUUUCUCCGGCAGAAUGAAGCGGAAUCAGAGGCGAUCACCGAGGCGCUGACAGCGGGAGAAACUCUGUGUGCCGCUGCCGCUCGCGUCGCCUCCCGCCGAUGUGCAUCCGGCAACACGUAUUAUCGCAUGCGGAAAGCGAGUGUCGGCGCUGGAGAGUCAGCGGAAGCCGAGGAAGAAGGGGGCAAAGAAGACGCGUUUUCGGAGGAGGGCAAAUGGGCAGAGCCAACGAGGACGAAAGACUUUGUGCAGAAGCUAGACGAAAAGGUGCUCCGUGAUCUGUUUAAUUCUGCCUCUCCUGUCUCGUCUCGUCUCCCUCCUCUUCUCCCUUAUUCUUCCCUGGAUGAAACGUCGGCAUGCCAGAGCACGCUCUGCACCCAGGGGGACGAAGACGGAGAGGGCGAGGGCCACGAAGAAGUGAACGAGACACACGUGGCAGAAGGGAGCGCAGGGGAGUACACUCGAGGAGAGAGACAGGAAAGAGAUACGGCAAAUGAACAGAGAGGACGGCAUGGAAAGCUCGAACUCGAAACUGAGCUGCGCGAAGAAGAGAAAAGGCACAAGCGGAGGCGCCGAGCACCUCUGUGUGGUUUCUGGAUGCACAGUGAGGUGUGGGCGUACCUUCAUGUCUUUCAUCUUGCUCGCUUCAAACCUUCUCUGUCGGACGCUCCUGUAACGCUUCCCCAUCGUUUGGUGAACGACCGCAAACUCCCGAGGCUGAAAAGUGGGCUCCAGUUCUCUCCGUAUUCCUUUUUCCCUUCCGUUUCGAUUUCAUGUUCGUGGCCUUCCCCAAGCGGAGUGCCCGCUUCUGGUCCUUUCUCUGCCAAAGGAGGUGUCUGCAUCUUCGUGUGCAGCGGAUCGCCAUAUAUUCGAGCUCUCCAUGAAGCCUUUGCGCUGGCUGGGUUCGCAAAAAGCGGCCGUAUCAUCGAAGUCCAUCAGAUGCCGGACAGUGGGGUGAUGAGUGUGGCAUGCUUGAGAGCGAAGAUGAGAGAAGUGAGGGAGAGCGAGAGAGAAGUGCAGAUGAAGAAGGAAAACGCGUCAAAGAAAGAGAUGGAGAAAGGAAACGGGGAGGCGAGGAAGGUCGCGCAUGGGGAAAGGCACGAAGAGGGAGACGACGAAGACGAGGAAAGACAAGAUAGCUGUUCUUCGUUCGUCAUCAUUGCCUCGGCGGGCCGAAGCGGAACUCUCGGUGGAUUCGACGAUUUCCUUUCUCUCCGUCAACUCGCGGAUGAAACAGGCUCGUGGCUGCACAUCGACAGCCUGGUCGGCGGCUCUUUCCUCUUCCCUAGGGAAAAGCCCUUUCAGGCGCUGUGCGCCGGGAUGGGCCUCGCGGACUCGCUCACAUGGAGCGCGCAUGCCUUCCUGACGGCGUCAGACGACCCGACGUCUCCGGUCGCGUUUUUCUGCAGACAGGACACUGUCCCUCUCAUUCUCGCCUUGGGUCACUUGUCUUCGUCUUCCGCGUAUGCAGCCGCGUCCUCUCCCGCCUCUUCGAUUUCUUCCUUCGGUGGAGAGCCUGUGGUGCGGCCGUCUCGAGGAGCGGAGAUUGGCUGCGGGUUCCCGCUGUGGUGUUUCUGGAAGAAGUUGGGAGACACCGGCGUGGCCAAUCGCGUGCGGCAGGUGUACCUACGGUGUCGACAGUUGUCGGGCCUUCUUUCGAACUUCCCUAAGCGCUUGAAGCCACCCGCGUUUCCUGCGGCGCCUGCAUCGAGACUCGCGACGGAAGAGCGCAUCCACGAAGGCAUGCGCUCGUCAGAGUGUGCAGGGGUCACACGGGGGGAGAAGAAGGGAACCGGUGAGCAGGCCGCAGCAGGAGAAAGCGAGCGAGGACAGAAAGGAAGCCACAGGUUGGGUGGAGAUGAGAAGGAGGAAAGGAGAGGGGAAAACACGGAGAGAAAGGCGAAAGGGCUAGCGAGAGAGAACGACGAAAGAGCGCGCGAAGGAACCGAACACGGGGCGCGUCUGACGAGGGCACAGGAACCGGGAGAAGACAGAAGAGAAGAGAGAACGGAAGGAAAUCUGGCAGAAGAGGAAGAAGAUUCUUUGGACGAUGAAGCAGGAAAUUACGAUACGGCUCAUAUCCUCGAAGAAGACCGAGCCUUUGUGCGAGACCACGAAGAGGCGGUGGACCAUCUCGUAGAUGCAGCACGAGAUAUAGUAUCGAAAGACCCAGGGGCUUUCUGUCUUUCUGUGGUACCGAAGAGUUCCGCUUCUGGGGAUGCACCGGUACCUCAAAUGGUGGCGCCAUCGCGUCUCGGAGGUCGCACGGAUCCGAAUCGCGGAAGGUCCGCUCGUUCGCCAAUUUCCGUUCAUCGCGCGCUCGAUGAAGAUCUGGACGCGGGGACAGAGAAGCUCAAUUCUUUCUACUCAGGAACUGCUGCUUUAUCUGAAACUGAGCAAUGCAGUAUGAGUGAACCACUCAGUGCUUCCCGGACCUUCUGCGACGACACCGCGUGGGCGUACACCCCGGGCGCCUUCUGUGUGAAGCAGACAGAUCGCCCGUCGAGCUUCUCGGUCUCGUUUUGGUGGAUUCCUCCUUAUCUACGGGGGGAGGUGCUGUCGAGGAAGACACUCACGUUUUGUAGGGCGACCUGUGAAGAAAUUCGAUUUUUCGUGACUCGGAUUUUUUAUCUCCUCUCUCUUCUUCUUGAGCGCGAGCGCGCGGAACACAAAAGAAACGAAGAGCAUGGCAAUGCCGUCGAAAAGGAGCUCAAAGGAAGUGGAGACGCUUUGAGGGACCGAAAGUGGUCAGGAGAGUCAGAAUUCCAUCUUUCCUCAGAUGCGCUGUCCGUGAACCUCGUGGACGAUGGCAGUAUCACAAGCGCAGCUACUCUGGAGGACAGCGAGGAGUCGAAGAGUUCUCUGUCUCUUCCUCCUUCCCUUUCCGUGUGCAUUUUAGAUCCGCGCGUAUGCGAAGGAGACCUCGUUGCUCUUCUCUGUCUCAUCAAUCGUCUUGGCAUGCUCCUGACUGGAACAGGGACGGCGAAUGAGGGAAGAGGUGCCCGGCUUAUGUAA